AUGGCUCACAUUGCUGAGGACAUGAAAUGCAAGAUGAUCCUUCCAAUUAGACGUGCAGCAGGUCUGGGUGACAAAUUCUUCUACAACAACAGUACAGAAAGUAUAAAUUCUAGUUUGAAGAGUGAAGUUGAACAGUCAAAACAUGCCACUGCACCUGGAAAGCCAUCUAAAUGUUCCUAUGGAGAAUUUGUAAGCAUUGCUGAAGAGUUUGUGAACCGAUAUCGACGUAAUGUUCAUAGGGGAGUUGUUGGAGAUGGGCCUUACAAACUGUCUUAAAAUUAUCAACAUGUGGCAGUUACCAAAGAUAAGUGGAAGAAUAUGAGGAAGAAAGAGAAAGCAGCAAAAAUCUCCAUUGUUGAUCCUGUAGGGUACAAGAAACUGCUCACGUUUGCUGCGACAGGUACAAGCACUAGUACGAAAUCAGGUUCAAGUCGAACAACUCCUCCGAAAGCUCCUGUUCUUUCCACCAUCAACUCUGAACUUAAUCCAUCAAAAAACUUGCCAGAUUUCGAGCCAAGUGGCCUUCCUCAGUAUCUGCGAGGAUCGUGGAAAAAGGCAAGAGACAUUNGGCAGUUACCAAAGAUAAGUGGAAGAAUAUGAGGAAGAAAGAGAAAGCAGCAAAAAUCUCCAUUGUUGAUCCUGUAGGGUACAAGAAACUGCUCACGUUUGCUGCGACAGGUACAAGCACUAGUACGAAAUCAGGUUCAAGUCGAACAACUCCUCCGAAAGCUCCUGUUCUUUCCACCAUCAACUCUGAACUUAAUCCAUCAAAAAACUUGCCAGAUUUCGAGCCAAGUGGCCUUCCUCAGUAUCUGCGAGGAUCGUGGAAAAAGGCAAGAGACAUUAUCAGCAAGAACGGAGUCACAAAAAUCAACGAUGGCACAAAUAUUGUAGUUUCCAUAACCAAUCCCCGCAAACCCCACAUAGUCAACUAUGUUGGAUCAAAGGUCACCUGUGACUGUGAAGGGUUUUAG